CGGCGCGGCGCGACUCUGCCCUGCCUCCCCGCUCGCCGCCGCUCGCUCCCCGGCCGGCGCUGUGUCUCCUGCGCCUCCAAGAUGAGCGGGCAGCGGCGAGGCGGCUGCCGGAACCCGCUGUGCCUGCAGUCCAUUAUUCUAGGGUGUUUUGGAAGUGAAAAUUUUCACCUGGAAAAGAAGCUGAUGUGAGGUCUGGAAGUGGUUUUACCAAACAACCUCCACCGCAGAUGGCCAUUGCUCAUCCAGUAUCUGACCAGCUUCCUUGGUUUUUGAUGCUGAAGCAGGAUUGUUUUAACUAAAGAUGGAAACACUGGAGUCGGAAUUGACCUGCCCAAUCUGCUUGGAGUUAUUCGAAGACCCUCUGUUGCUGCCGUGUGCUCACAGCCUGUGCUUCAGUUGUGCCCAUCGCAUCCUGGUGUCCAGCUGCUCCUCCAGCGAGUCGAUAGAGCCCAUCACAGCAUUCCAGUGCCCCACCUGCAGGUAUGUCAUCUCCCUUAACCACCGCGGCCUAGAGGGCCUCAAGCGGAAUGUGACCCUGCAGAACAUUAUAGAUCGCUUCCAAAAGGCUUCUCUGAGUGGCCCCAACUCCCCUAGCGAGAGCCGCCGAGAGAGAACAUACCGCAAGAGUCCUGCCAUGUCCAGCGAAAGGAUAGCGUGUCAGUUCUGUGAGCAGGACCCACCGCGGGAUGCGGUGAAGACCUGCAUAACCUGCGAGGUGUCCUACUGUGACCGCUGCCUCCGGGCCACGCACCCCAACAAGAAGCCAUUCACCAGCCACCGCCUGGUGGAGCCUGUGCCAGACACACACUUCCGAGGACUCACUUGCUUGGAGCACGAGAACGAGAAAGUGAACAUGUACUGUGUUGCGGACGACCAGCUGAUCUGUGCCUUAUGCAAACUGGUGGGACGCCACCGAGACCACCAGGUGGCGUCGCUGAGUGAUCGAUUUGAGAAGCUCAAGCAAACCCUGGAGACGAACCUCACCAACCUGGUUAAACGCAAUAGCGAACUCGAAAACCAGAUGGCCAAGCUGAUACAGAUCUGCCAGCAGGUGGAGGUGAACACAGCCAUGCAUGAGGCCAAGUUGAUGGAGGAGUGCGAUGAGCUCAUGGAGAUCAUCCGGCAGCGCAAGCAAGUGAUCGCUGUCAAGAUCAAGGAGACGAAGGUUAUGAAGCUGAGGAAGCUGGCCCAGCAGGUAGCUAACUGUCGGCAGUGCCUGGAGCGCUCCACGGUCCUCAUCAAUCAGGCGGAACAUAUCCUGAAAGAGAAUGACCAUGCACGGUUCCUGCAGACUGCCAGGAAUGUGGCUGAGAGGGUCGCCAUGGCAACUGCAUCCUCUCAAGUGCUGAUACCAGAUAUCAAUUUUAACGAUGCCUUUGAAAACUUUGCUUUAGAUUUUUCCAGAGAAAAGAAACUGCUGGAGGGGCUGGAUUAUCUAACAGCACCUAAUCCACCGUCUGUCCGAGAGGAGCUUUGUACGGCUUCCCAUGACACCAUUACAGUCCACUGGAUCUCGGAGGAUGAGUUCAGUGUCAGCUCCUACGAGCUCCAGUACACCAUCUUCACCGGCCAGGCCAACUUCAUCAGUCUGUACAACUCCAUGGAUAGCUGGAUGAUUGUCCCCAACAUCAAACAGAAUCACUACACCGUGCACGGGCUCCAGAGUGGCACCAGAUACAUCUUCCUUGUCAAGGCCAUAAACCAAGCUGGGAGCCGGAACAGCGAACCUGCCAGGCUCAAGACAAACAGUCAGCCCUUUAAGUUGGAUCCCAAGAUGGCUCACAAGAAGCUGAAGCUCUCCAAUGAUGGGCUGCAGAUGGAAAAGGACGAGAGCUCCUUGAAAAAGAGCCACACACCCGAGAGGUUCAGCGGUACUGGGUGCUACGGAGCAGCAGGCAACAUAUUCAUCGACAGCGGGUGCCAUUACUGGGAAGUGAUGGUGGGAUCCUCAACCUGGUAUGCCAUCGGCAUCGCCUAUAAAUCAGCCCCAAAGAAUGAGUGGAUUGGCAAGAACUCCUCAUCCUGGGUCUUCUCCCGCUGCAGCAGCAACUUUGUGGUGAGACACAACAACAAGGAGAUGCUGGUGGACGUUCACCCACAGAUGAAGCGUCUGGGCAUCCUUCUGGAUUAUGACAACAACGCCCUGUCCUUCUACGACCCGGCCAGUUCUCUCCACCUCCACACGUUCAGCAUUGCCUUCAUCCUGCCUGUGUGUCCAACGUUCACCCUCUGGAACAAAUCUUUGAUGAUCCUGUCUGGCCUGCCGGCUCCAGACUUCAUCGAUUACCCAGAGCAGCAGGAGUGUAACUGCCGACCGCAGGAGUCCCCGUACGUAUCAGGGAUGAAAGCCUGCCACUAAGCAGCAGCCAGCCCGUCGUGCUCCACAGUGGCUCCUGGGGAUGUUCAUGGGGGCUUCUGAAGAGCUGGAUUGGAAAGCAGGCCCUGCCGCCAGAGAAAUAAUGCUCAGCGAGUGAGCCUCUCCCACAGGAAGCUCAUUUUUAAGGGAAAAACAAAACUUUAAAAGUGAUUGAAAUAAACUCUGUGGCUGAGCUCCGUGUGUAUGGGAAUGCGGCUUGUGAAACUCCUUUGUAGCGAGAUGGCGUUCCUCCAGCUGGACUGUCACACGGCUUGUUUGGAGGCGAGCAGAGCGGGGGUGGGCAGUGCUUGUUUCAGGGCCCCCUAGGAGUGUGGGUGAGGGAGGGGAUCCUGGGCGGAACAGGGUGUAGCCUGGUAGGGGAGCAGCGCCUCCUGGCCAGCUCAAGCGCCAGCCAGCUCCAUUGACCAUCCCCGUUCAGACAGGGGACUGCAAUCGGCCGCAUCUCAGGAAGGAUCCGUCACAUAAGCAACACGGCUUUCAAUAUCACCCAGAGAGGCGGCCGCAGCCAACCAUCCAGAGCCAUUCAAACUGUAGGCAGGUUGUGAAAGCGGAAACCACUCUGAGAGGAGCCGUCCAGCUGCUUCGCCUGCUGGGUGUGGCUGGUGUGUUGAGCUGACAGGCACACGCGUGUCCGCCCACUCGGGGGAUGCUCAGACCUAAAAGCCGGCUUCCCACCAGUGCUCUCUUUUCUUCCAUUAUAACUGCCUCCUUUGGGAGGCCCUUUGUCAUUAUACGUCAGGGAGGCCCCAGGCAAGCUCAGCUCAGGGUGAUACCUGAUCUGUGUGAAAUGGAGCAAGCUGAGGUAUCUGUCCCCUCCAGUGCCCACCUGGGGCCUGUGGAGAGCACAGGCCCCACCAUGCAAUGCUGCUUCUUGUUGCUGGGCUAGGUCAUGCUCCACGGUAGAGAUGUGGCUGGCCAAAAGCUGCACUGGUUUAAUGUAGGCCAUCCCCUGGAAGGAGUGUGUGUUGGGAGUGGGGAAAGGGCCCAGUAUCAGGUGGUGCUGCCGCCAGGCAAGGAGAGUGGAAGCUGGCCAGACAGCAGCAUCUCCAGGGAAGCAGGAGAGAGCCAGUGGGCCGUAUGACUACUGUACUGUACAAGGACUGUAUCCAUUAUUUAUGCCUCUGCACACAGCCCUGCUCAGAAUGCACUUUCUCCUCUGUAUGUUGUGUUGGUGUGAGGGUUGACUGGGGGCUACAAGUGAGUAAAUCCGGAAGACCAAAUACGAGCGCUGAUAGCAAGUGCAGUAGCCUGGCCUGGCCAAGUCCAUCUGGCUCGUUCUCUGUCCCAUGCUGGCUGGUUCUUGGGGUCACCUCUGGAGUCAGUGCAGAGCCAUUCCUUUCACUCUGAAGUUAACCCAUGGGGAGGAGAUCAGAAUCCAGCCCCCAGGCCUUUGCGUUUGGGUAACUCUGCCCCCUGUCAUGCAGAGACUUGCCCAAGGUUUUUGUUCCCCAUGAAUCCCAGCUGGUCUGACCCUCCCUGGCAGGCAUCUUGCAUCAUCACUUACGCCGGGACCGAGCAAGGGCAAGUUCUGCCAAACCUCAGUUCUUCCCUUCCUGAUGCUGGGGGAGCGUGUUGCAUAGAUAGGUGUGAAAGACAACAGGAGCUAGGUAGGGGAGGACAGUCCUGCAUAUGUCAGAGGAACUGCAGGUCAUGAGGAAACAGUGCCCAAAGCACACUGAAAGCUGCCUCGUGGUGCCUUUGAUCUGAUUUGGGAGAGGGAUAGUGUAAAGGUUCGGAUUCACCCCUGUAGUGUCUGCUGCUAGUCACUGGGGAAUUAGCUCUUUCCCCCACUCAGCCUGUUCCUUCCCCAGCACUGCACCACCCUCAGUACCCUGUCAGGCAGGCAGCCAGGCCCUGCUCUCUCCCAGCCUGGAGAACUACUCCUCAGGCCUCUGGCUCACAGACUUUUUAUACAGGCCAGCUGGGGCCUGAUGCGGUGUGGCCCAGCUGCAGCUGCUUCCCCAAUCAAUCAUCCCCAGCCACAGCCCUCUCCAGGGCUGCUUGUAACCCCUUCUAUUUUAGGAGCAGGAUAGCCACCCCCCUACAGAUAGGCAGUGUCUUGACUUCCAUAGGUGCAAAGGGAAUGCUGUCACCAGCAAAUGCGACUUACGAUGUUUCGGUUCCAGCUGCUUCUGCAGCUGUGGGCAGGUCUAGCCUGGGUUUGCAGCCUUCCACACCAGAGCCGGUCCUGCUGCUGACUCUCAUUCCAUGCUGUGGCUGGUGCCAUGGCUGCUUGAAUAUCAGUCUACUGGCUUUUAAAGUCUGGUUCUUUCACACACAGCUGGUGCUGUUCUGCUGGGGACCCAGCGUCCAACCAGCUUUUAGAAGUGGCGCUAACAAAACCUCCGAACCCUGGAAAGUCUCUCCUCUGGAACAAGGGUUGGCUCUUUUGCCCAGCCAAGCACCAGGCUGGCAAUAUUGGCUAGUGCCUGACCAGGGGCCAGGUUCGAUGUGUUCUUUGGAAUGUCCCUUCUGUUAGUCUCUCCUUGGUUUUCUUGCAUGGGGCCAUGUGAUCCAGGACAGGAGAAGUUGCCCCACAGCCCUUAUGUAGCUUAAAACUCUGCUUAACUUUUCCUUGUUUCAAACAGGAAGAGAUCUCUGGACCUUGCUGAUCAGAAAUCUACCUCAUAGCCCAGCCUCCAGGGAGCAGGUAGAUUGACUGAUCUGGGGGUAGUCUUAGUGCAUGGACUGCUUAGCGUUAGGAUGGAGUGGGCAGAGCAUGGCUCACCUGGCCGGAGGGAGGUUCCUGCCUAGUUUCAGGGGUGGAGGGCAGAGAGAGAGGCUGGUUUGGCUGAGAUGGAGUGUAGUGUGACGUUUGCACUGGACCGUUGGCUGCUGUAGAGUCCUGUUGCUAGGCUUUGAGGAUGCUGGUUUGGAGCCAGGCAGCCUGUGGACCAAACCCUGCCCCUCUGCAAACCUCCCAGUAUUGUCCCUUGUGACUCGUCUGGGUUCACUUAAUGCCUCCUUCCCGCCUGCCGGCCCUCAGCUAUCCGAGGUGCCCUGGUUCUCUCUGGCAGCUUUCUUGCCUGGUAUAGGCCCCUCUGAAGCUCAUUAAGCAGCCUCCCCAGCUCAUGGCAGUCUGCCGAAUGCCAUUGUUCUUUGGGGUGAGUCAGGGCAGGGUGUGCAUGUGUCCCCUGAAGCUAUGUCAGAUGAGAUCUGUGGCUGGCCGAUCAGCUGGAAUGGUAACCUUUUAUGAUGUGCUGCAGAGCCUUGAAUGCGCUGUGCUGAGGGAUACUUUUCAUUGACACUGAAUUGCCAUCGGGAUCAGCAGAAGAUUGAUACUUUCUUGCAGGCACAGGGUGUAUAAAAGUGAACCUGUCUUUUCUUCCCUUUCAGUAUUCAACAUUUAUGGUGACUGCCUGCCUAAUGAAAGGGUGUCUGGGGUGGGGGGUAAUAAGGAAAAAUUAUAUGCCACCUUGAGCUAGGUUGGGAAUCAGAAAGGUGUUUUCGUUCCCUGUCUCUGGUCUAGGCAGCUUUCCCUGCCACAGAAGGCCCAGUGCUGUUUGCCCAUAAAUUGCAGUGUGUGAUGCACCAGUUCAGAGCCAAGGGAAGGUUUCUAUUUGCUCCUGCUGGCCCAAGCUGCCGAUGGCAGGGUGUGAGGAUUCACAUCCCCAUUCCUGCCUUGCUCGGCAGCUAAGCCCAGAAUCAUUUUAAGCAGACAAAUUGCCUUUUUCAGGUUGAUGUUUUUCAAAGGCACGUAAUGCUGCCCCCUGUGUGCUGACCCAGAGUGUUCCCAAUGGGGGGUUGGGGGGGCUGCUUGUGACAGAAGCUGCCUCAAACAGAUGCCUGCACACUGUAGAUGGAUUUUAACAUUUGCAAAACAGGGGCCAAGCUUUCCAGCUGGCCCUGUCACUGUUUAGAUGGGAUCGUUGUUGGAGACUGUGCCGCAUCCUUUAACUUGGAGCACACGAGCCAUUCAUGUGACGUUACACCUGAUGAAAUUGCACUAAUUACAUUAGGGUUCCGAAGAAUUAUACCAGUGACGGGCAGGAGGGCACUGCAGAGAGCUUGUCUGGGCAAGUGGAAAAGGGGAGGCCAGCACAAUUAGCUGACAGGCCUAGGGUUCGUCGCCUGCGUUCCUCUCUGCUGGUUGUCAAAAGCAAAACCCAACCAUGUCUGUCAGUGUGGGCAGGCGCUGUCCUGUGCUAAGUCCAGGAGCAAAGCCUGGCUCCUGCACUGCGGAACUCAGGCAAAUCAGGCUCCUGCACUAGAGAGCUGUCCCCUGCAGAUGGAAAUGGAUCCUCAAAGCUCCCUUGUUGCAUCAUGGCCUUUGCCUCCCACCCAUUAGCAAGCACUCCCAUUGGUGAAAACGCCUGGUGUCAUAUGACGCUGCGACAGUUCCAGCCAAUCUAAGCCCAUCCAGCCUCUGCUGUCCAUGGUUGGAAUUAACAUAGAAAUGCUUUCUGCCUGUCGGAAGCAGGUGGCAGGAUCGGAGGGUACCGGUUCAAGUCACUGCGGGAAGUUCAUUUGUCAUCUGUAUUUCUGCCUCUUGCAGAGCUCUGCGGCUGCUGGAUGUUUUUAUCAUAGUAAAUCCAUUGUAUCUGACUUGGGAUGUGGUGAAAAUCUGGUUACAGUGAAACCUGUCAUACUUUCUCUUCAUAUGUAACAUAACUGGGGUUUGGGUUUUGUUUUGGUUUUUUUUUGGCAAUUUCUUUGUUAAUGUGUAUAUAUAUAAAUAUAAUAUAAUAUAUAUAUAUAUACUACUGGCCGCGUCUCUGUAUGAAGGAACUGCUACCACAUCUGACUUAGCACUCAUUCUGGUAAUCUCAUCUUUGAACAUUAUAACAACCUUAGAGGGACCCCUCACUUUAGCUGAAGACACAGAAGUCAGUCAUGUUAAAACCAAAGGCCGCAGCUCCCGGAGCAGGACUCCACUGCUCAUCAGUUUCACGUGCUAUCUUUUCAAAUCACCUUUGUUCUGUCAGCUGGGCCCUCUUUUCUCGACUCAAAAUCAGCUAGAACUCCAGAGCCACAUUGCUGGCUGUUUCAUGUCGGAGGGAGGGGGGAGAAUGCUGUUAUGCGAACUAGCAAUCACGAUUCCUUAACGAAUCCAAAGCUCCAGUAGCCACGUUGCAAAGUGAGGUGGCCCUGUUUAGACACUUCAGUGAGUGAGACGAAAUCACAGCAGUAAAUUAGAUAAUCACAGUGGAGACAGUCACAAGAGUUUUUUGUGGGGCAAACGUAAAGCUGAGACUCCAGGGCAGGACACAGAUAUUGUAUAACCAGGGGAGACGAGCCUUCACAACAAUCUAGGUGCCUUUCCCAGGAUCCCUUCCUAGGGGCAAGAGAGACCUCAACUGAGCUGCCCUAUUAGAAAACCCCCACAGCCUGGCCAUGUAGGGCUGACUGGGCAGGAUGGGAGUGGGGGGGGGAGGGGGAGCUGCUCUUGCAGGAGAGCUCCAUACUGUUUGUUAGACCUACCCAAGCACCUGCUCUUGUGGGUGAAUCAAACUGUGGCAAGCUGCUGGAGUUUCUAGAACUGUGAGCCCCUGUGUUACCCCUCUCAGCCUCAGAAAGUGAGAGCAUUGCUGCUGCUAAGCUACCUGUCAGCUCCCUGGCAUGCCAGCUUAUCUGCCAUGUUAGCAAACUCUUCAGGACUCUGCCCGGCCAAACCUGGCCUAGCCAGUAACAAUCAGUGAACCCCAGAUACUGAGUUCCUCAGAGACGUCAAUGUGCAGUGCUCAGCCUCUGUCUGUAGCGCUCACCAAAUCUUAUCAGAUUUGCUGCUUCUUUAAAGAGACCGUACAUAGCCACUUACUAACUUAACAGGAGCUGACAAACCCUCCACUUCAAACAGAGCACUGAGUGGGUUUAUGGUUAAAGGAAAACAAGUUUAUUAACAAAAGGGUGGAGGGUUAAGUGAUACCAAGUUGAAAGACUAAAGAUAAAAAUGGUUACAAGCAAACAAAAGUAAAACACACUUCUGUGACUAACACUCACCUCUAGUUCUCAUUCAAGAUGGGUUCCCUACUUACAGCAACUUCUCCAGCGAGACUGACUGGGAUCCACCCUGACACAAUCAAAGUUCUGGUUACUUUAGUACUUCAGGAGACAGAUAACCGAGGAGUUUGCUUCCCCUCUCUGUAUAGCCCAGUAACCCGUGGACAUGGGUAAAGUGCCUUUCUCUUGCUGCAUAUGGAUGCCAUUCUGUCUGGUGUAGACUCCAGGCUGGUUUCUCCCUUGCUGGUGAUUUUUACAGUGCAAAUGUUCUCUUCCUGCAGCCCAACACAAAUGGCUAGCGCACUGAAUUUGGGCACACUUGGGUUGGCCUUUUUCCUUUGUCUAAAGAAAACCUGUUUCUCAAAGCCCCCUGACAUUUUAGUCACAUAUUUCCAGCAUAUCUGUGAAGUUCCAUGUGGGUUAACCAUAUUUGCAUCACAGUGAGUUAGUAGUUUUCCAGUGGUAUAUUACAUGCCACCUUUUGGGUAAGUCUGUAUCAUCUGGCAUUGACCUGUGCGCAGGGACACAAACACCUACCUACCCAUAUAUAGUGGUAGGUAACAAACACUUCCAUCCUAAAGCAGAGGGUCUCAUACUGUGGCAGGUGCCGUGCUGGGGGGACUGUAGGGAGAUGGCUGGUCAUACGGGGCUGGCUCUUUCUCCCAGCUGCUCAGUCACAUUCAAAGAAGGUUCAAUAUGUGCACAUAUAAAAUAUCCCCAUGUGCCUUGUCCCUGCCAGUGAUCACUGCCAUGGGGCUGGUGUAGGCUUGUGAAAGUGAAGGGGGGCUCUAGGAAACAACCUCGCCAUGAGCUGUUUCAUGAAAAGGGCUGAGAAAGGCUACCAAUGAGCUGUGCAGACAGCCCAAAUUAUGGCCCUGUGCCUCUACUGUGGCCAACGGGCUUGCAUGGGUGGAACAGAGCAGAAUGGGGCCACUGAGUGCACAAAGAGCACGCACUGCUUCAUAAGCAGGUCUGCACAGCUGGGCAGCAAAGGGGCGUUCUGCACCCACUGUGUGGCACCAAAGGGGUGGCAGAUAGGCAGAGUUUUAGUUAUCCAAAUUGGAGCACAGCCAGGUAACAAGGGUCUGCAGCCCCCUCCUCUAGUGGUAAGUGCCAGGGAUUCAGGUUCUCCAUUGUACAUGCCCUCUGACAACCAGCAAAACGGUGCCUGUAAUGCCCAUGCUUGGGGCCUAGCUCAGUACUGACCCUGCUCCCUGCACCCCACCACGCUUAGCCCAUGUGCUGAGAGCUCCCUGCCCCAAGUGGCACGGUACCUGAGCUCAGCAAGCGGAUCAGGGCAAUGCAUCCAGAUGGCCCAGAAAUGGAGGACUCAGAGGGUGUCAUGCUCCCUGGGGUGCUCUGUGUCCAUUUGAGAGGGGGCAGUAUUUGGUCUGCCUGUGCCCAGCUGCUGCUGAUCAGUGUGGAGGAGAGGCAGAGUUGUGGAUUCAUCCCCACACCUCUUCUCAGGGGGGAAGGGAGUGGCCUAAACUUGCGGGCACUCCCCAGCCAUGCCGGCACUACUGUAGGACAGGGUCCUAGACCUCUCCUUUGGGCACAUUCCAGGCCUUGCACAAGCUGUCUUGCAAAGUCUUAGCUUUGCACUCUGAGCUGCGGACAGCUUUCCUUGGACACUUGCCAAGGCAUAUGACAUUUAAGGUGCCAUGAGAAGCAAGUGCGGGAGUAUGCGUGAGCCUUCAGUGUCUGGGGCUGGAUGUCAGGUGUGGCACCUGAGCCCUCAGCCACCGGGCCGGUGCUGUGGAAGAUCAGAGGACAGGUGCAAUCUGGGACAUCAUGCUCCAUGGGACCAGGCUGGCCACUGAAGCCCAGCCUCGUCCCUUGAGCAUGCAGAACUGAGGGGCUUGGCAGCACAGGGUUGGCACAGAGUUGUGUUCAGCCUUUACAAAGUAAAUGCCCCAAACGGUCAGGCCUGGCUCCAGGGGGGAGAGGGAGGUGUCCUGGCAACUUGUGGUUGUGAAUUGCCUGACAAAGCCUAAAGCCCUCAGAUUUCAGCCCUGGGCACUGGUCUGGCAGCGAGCAGCUGCUGGCCCAUGCAGCAGUGACAAUACAUCACGGCACCUCCUCUGUAGGCCGAUCUCGCCCAGCUUCCUCAUCCGCUCUCUGCUCUCACCAUGCACGUGAAUUGCUCUACAGACUUGACACCUAAAAGGCUUCCAGCCACACCACAGCCCCAGGCUGCAGGGCUCAGAGCAAGGACAGGAGGACAGGAUGUCGGUUCCAACAGGCAUUGCCAGCACCCAACCCCGUGAUACGGUGGACGUGUUCAUGUGCCAGGUCUCAGCUUCCCCAGACUGACAGUCAGUGUUUGGGGGAUCGGAACCAUGUGGGGACUGUUUGAGCAUGUGCAUCACAGUUCCCCAGUCGGAUCCAGCUUGUGUAGGGCCUCUGCUGUCACUGCAAGGUGCACUGCACAGGGCUUGUUCUGUGCUAGGGUGUGCCUUUUCUUGUUGCAUUGGGGAUGUGAAAACCCCAAGCAGUUGUUCUCAGCAUAACUAUGGCUGCACUGCAAAAAGAACCCAAAACCUGCAGCAGCACGUCCCAGCACCCGACUCCUCUGACUUGGGUCACUUUAGCAGCUGCAGAUGACAUGCAGGGCAUGGCUCAUACAAACAUGCAGUCCAGAGGGACUUAACUGCACAUGCCAACGUAGGUUGCUAGGCACAUCCAUUUCACCCUCCUCCUUUGAGGCCCUGGCCCACUGCAUGGAUAAGCCCAGCCCUGCUGACGGCUUAGGGUUUCCUUUCUAUAUAAGAACCAUCUGGGGCCCAACCCCAUUCCCAUGACGGAGAUCAAGAAAAAAGGGCCCAGCGACUUCAGUAGGAGCCAGAGCAGUUGGAAUUUUUUGAUGAAUCGAGUGAGGCUCAGAGCAGACACUUCACCAGGGGUCCUAUACAUCCCAGCUAAGAGGCCUGACCACAGAGCUGUUCUGGGGAGGGUCUCACAUGCUCUCUUCUUUGUCAUUAAAACUGCCCAAAGGCUCGGUUUUGUCCCGUUGGAGACUGGGAAAAUGUUUGAAAUCUCCAAGAUUUUCAUAGGAUGGAAAAGCAGCUCUGGCCGAGCUCUCUCAUCAAACCGGGCCGCCUGCGGGAGAGAAAAACUGGCCCCAGCUGCUGCUCAGUGAAAUUAUAGCCGCAGAGGCACUAAUCCCAGCCCUGAGUCAGAGAACUCCGAAAGAAGAGUUGGGCGUAUGUCGGUAAAUGGCAGUGUGUAAAACACAUGACACUCCUGUCCUGGGCUGUUGUUACCAUGGUUGCUGUGGGGGGUGCGGUGGGGGCAAGUGUAAUUAAACGGGGCACAUGGCUAAAACCGAAAUACUGAAGCAAUAUACAAAACAACCUGGGAGUGCAGAAUCUAUCUGCCUGCCUUUAAUGAGUUCGAUCACUGCAGCCGUCACGCCAGGAGAACAUAAGACAGGGCCAGGAGUUUAGCGACAGAAGAGAUGUGACAGUUCCCAUCCCCCAGGGGACAAUACAAGAUGGCUGCAUUUACCAGCAUUUAAUUCAGCCCUGUUUUACAUGUGCCAAACAUGGUGACUUCUGGCACCUCCCUUAGGAUCGGGCACGCCAGCUAGUCCAUCUCACCACCAGCAAGUCUGGCCUGAUUACACCUUAAAUGUGCCACUUUCCCUUUGUAAACGUCACCCCAGCUUUCCUAGUUAUGCCCCUUUGUACUGCCUGAGCUAAUUCCUCUCCUUCCCCUGGGGCUUGCACGACUCAGAUAGCUGGGGCAGCUCAUCACGUCAGUCCGCCUAAGUCACUGCAUGACCAAGCAAUAUACAGUCAGUUCUUUAAACCUCUCCUUGUGAAGCAAGCCCGCCGGGCCCCGGGCACAGCUGCUGCUCUUCCCCAAACCUCAGAGAGUGUUUUGUUGACAGUGGUGUUCGGAGCCCAGUGCAGUGGCCCAAGUGGAGCUUUACAGACCUAACUGGCGAGGGCUGACUACCUCCCUGCUCCACGAUGGGAGGGUACCUUUGUAUCGGCUACGCAGCAUUCCAUGAGCUGAUUGUGCUGCCAGGUGGCCUUAGAGACACCUGCCUACUUUACUCUCCUUCGGCAUCUCUGCUUUUGCAAGUUCUCCCUGCCACGGAGUCUCUUUUAGUCUUUGACCCAGCUGCAUUCUUCUAAAUUGAUGCUAAUGUUCUGCUCCCGUAGCUAAUCUCUCAGAGCCCUUUGGCUGUGUUUCUAAAUCUAGAUUUAAAAUUUGCCCAUGAUGGAGAAUCCACCACGACACUUGGUAAAUUGUCCCAGUGGUUAAUUACCCUCAGUGUUAAAAAUGUACACCUCAUUUCCCAUCUGAAUUUGUCUAGCUUCAGCUUCCAGCCAUUGGAUCAUAUUAGACCUUCCUCUGCUAGACUGAAGGGCCCAUUAUUAAAUAUUUGAUCCCCAUGUAGGUACUUAUAGCCUGGGAUCAAAUCACCCCUUACACCCUCGGUCUGGAGCAUGAGGAGAGCAACUGUGCAGCUGGGGCCCACCAGACACCAUUUGCUGGAAAGCUCUGAGCUCUGGCAGAUGGUGCGCAUGCAUGCCCGUGUGUGGAAUACAGCUAGCGACCCCACAGCUCAAAGAACUUCCACUUACAGGAGAGUAACCCCCAUAUAUUGAACCCGGCCUGCGUUGCUGCUGACACCACCUGGCAAAAUGGUUACAAAAGCAAAGGAACAUUGGGGGCUAGCUGGGGGCAAUGCUACUUCCUACACCACUAGCUGAAUUGCAGGUGUAUUUAGCCAUCUAAUUGCACAUCACAGACAAUGUACUUAUACCUUCACUAUGUGAUUUCUUGAAAGCCAACUCUGUCCAGCUGUAAGGCUUCCUGCUGUGUUACCCGCGGAGCAGCAGAAUAAAGCCUGAAUGAUGGUG